UGGGACACCGUCAUCAAGGCUGCCAUGAGGAAGUAUCCAAACCCAAUGAACCCCUGUGUUGUGGGAGUGGAUGUCCUGGAGCGAACCGUGGACAGCUGUGGGCAGCUUCACAGUCACCGCCUACUCAGCACUGAGUGGGGUGUGCCCACUCUAGUGAAAGCGAUUUUGGGAACCAGUAGGACUUUGACAUACAUCAAAGAACAUUCUGUUGUGGAUCCAGUGGAAAAGAAAAUGGAACUUUGUUCCACCAAUAUCACACUUACAAAUCUGUUAUUAGUUGAUGAGAGGUUGGUGUAUACUCCUCAUCCGAAGAACCCUGAAAUGACUGUGCUCACCCAAGAAGCCACCAUCACAGUGAAAAGCAUUAGCUUGGGCAGCUAUUUAGAAAGCUUAAUGGCCAACACAAUAUCUUCCAAUGCGAGGAAGGGGUGGGCUGCAAUUGAGUGGAUAAUUGAGAAUUCUGAAGGCGCUGUCAGCUAA